UCAUUUUUCAGCUGAUAUACAAUUUAAUGAAAUAUGUACAGAUUACCUAGAAAAAAAUUCCUACCCUAAGGAAGGAAACCCUUUAAAGCAAGGAGUCUCAGUUGUAUAAACGGAACUAAUACCUCUGAUUCUUAUAUCUGCGUACGUUCAAAAUUUGUUUGUUAGUUUUCAAUUCACGCUCUAACAUCAGAGUGAAGAAUCUUAUCAUAGCGGUGAAGUAGAGAAUAACAGGAAUGAAUGCCAAACAUUGUGAAAAUCUCGCCUGCUUUACGCUCAUUAUAAAUAAAUUGUCAAAACUGAAUUCGUGUCCCGCCAUUAGAGGUAUUAUCCGCCCCAAUAUUACAAAGAAUUGGAUCUUCAGAAGAGAAAGCAGAUGUCCCAAGUUUCUCCUUUUCAUCAACACUACAAAAAGAAAGACGAACACGACAGCUUACGACCGGAAAGAUAUGAAGGCGGUGACGAUGACGACGACGAUGAUACGAAUCCUCAAGGAAGAUGGCAGAUGUCCAAAGUUUCCCCUUUUUAUAUGCUGUAUAUAGAUGAAAAUGUGAACCGCAGAAGACUGAGAGGUGGGAAGGAUGAUGACGAUGACGACGACGACGACGAUGAUGAUGAAUUUUACACGAUGGGGCACGAUGGGGAGCUGGACAUUUGUGGAAAAUUUAUCAAGUGCUGCAUGUUCGUAGCAAAUGUCAUCAUGUUCAUUGGCGGUGUAGUCAUUGUGAUUCUCGGGGUGUGGACAAUCCAGGAAAAAGGUUUCAUAAACGCCCUGGUGGGCACCAACCUCUUCCUUGGUUCUGUUUACAUUUUAAUAUUCUGUGGAGUUGCCUUGUGUGGUGUAUCGUUCUCCGGCUGCCUGGCUUCUGUAAGAGAGAUGAAAUGUCUGCUCCUAACGUACGCUCUGGCAGUGUUUAUCCUGUUGGUGAUGAUACUCAUAGGUGGAAUCCUCGCAUACACUUUCAGGGAUAAAGUUCACUCUUCAAUGGAACAGGAAAUGUAUUCUUCUAUUAAAACAUAUGGUGAAGAAAAGGCUUUGAGCAGAGCUUGGGAUGACAUUCAAGAAGUGCUCGAAUGUUGCGGCGUAAUGUCCUACACAGAUUGGAAAGGUCACAUUCCGGAAAGCUGCUGUAGACUCUCUUCUGGAAAAAGGGUGAACUGCAAAGUAUUUCAAACAUCUCUUAAUAUCUGGAAAAACGGUUGUUUAAAUGUUACUGAAGAAUUUAUAAGGGCACAUGCUGCGAUUGUUGCAGGAGCUGCUGUCUCUGUAUCGUCUCUCAUGAUGAUUGGUUUCAUAUUCAGCUUAAUUGCUCAUAGGAUAGUAGUAGAAAAAGAACAAAUACAAGAAGAUGAAGAUGAAGAGGAGGACAAUUAAAACAAGUAACUUGUGCAAGCAGAAUUUUUAAGCUCUGAAUAAAUUCAAGCAAACUUUUUAAAUGAGAUCCUAAAAACUCUCCUUGGUUUUAUCUUCGGCCUGGUGAUGUUCAAGAUGAUCGAAUGAGUGAUGACUCAGAUAAGUGAAGCGAACGAUCAACCUUCGUCCCACAUGUACAUAUAUUUUACAUAAGGCCUUCUUCGACUUUUUCUUGAAUAAUUAUUGUACAUACGACACUUAGUUUCAAA